CGGCACGUAGUUUUACGAGUCAGUGUCUACUGAGUUACGAUCGUAACGACGACCUCAGAGCUAUCAGUGCUCCGAUUCCAAUGGUGGUUUUUCAGGUACCAGGUUUAUCACCGGAGCUUAUUCCUCUCCGUUUUACUCCUAGACCACUUGGAUUUUCAAUUCGUAGGAGAGGUACCUUAUUCCGGCCAUUGUCAGCGAUCGGAGAUUCUCGAUCCGGUGAACCAGAUUCAGAGUCUCGGAACCGUAUGUUCAUUCUCGGGAUGGGAUUCGUCGGAGGCUUUUUCGCUCAGCAGCUCAAAGAAGCUGACUGGUUGGUUUCAGGGAGUUGCAGGAGUGAUACGAAGAAGAAAGAAUGGGAAAAGAGAGGAAUUGAUUUUAAUUUAUUCUCUGCAGAUUUAACUGAAUUGAGCUUGCUAGAAACAGUGAAAGAUUACACUCACCUGCUUGUUUCGAUUCCACCUUUAGCAGACAUUGGUGAUCCGAUGUUGCGGAAUGUAGAACUUGUCAGAGAAAAGCUUUUGAGUGGAAAUCUUCAAUGGCUUUGUUAUCUCUCAUCAACAAGUGUGUAUGGAGAUUGUGGUGGUGCGUGGGUUGAUGAAGAUCAUGCUCCAAAUCCUAAAACUAAGUCAGCCAAACUGAGGUUAGCUGCAGAGGAAGGAUGGUUACGCUUGGGUCGUGAUCUUGGUGUUUCGACUCAAGUCCUUCGACUUGGGGGUAUCUAUGGACCUGGUCGAAGUGCGAUUGAUACCUUGUUAAAGCGGGAUCGUUUAUCUGAAGGUCAAAAGAGAAGAGCGUCCCGGAAAUUCACAUCAAGAGUCCACGUUGAAGAUAUAUGCCAAGUUCUUCAAGCUGCCACUGUGAAGCCAUCAUCAGGGGAAAUCUACAAUGUUGUCGAUGACGAUCCAGCACCAAGAGAAGAGGUGUUUGAAUAUGCCUUGGAGUUGAUUGAAAAAAGAUGGCCAGGGAUUAUUGAAACAAAACCGUUCCCAUUUGUGUAUGAGUCUCGGGAGCAGAGUUCAUUGAGAGGUGAAAAGCGAGUCCGUAACCAGCACAUGAAGAAUAAACUAGGAGUGAAAUUGCUAUAUCCUUCGUACAAGUCAGGAUUGCAAAGCAUAGUCGAGAAGAUGGACAACCCUUUUUGAGCAAAGAACGAAAUAAAACUGAUGUGGAGAAUCUGUCUCAUGUUUUCUGUAGAGAAGUAGUGACUCUUAGUACAGACAGAUCACAGAUGUAGCCUAUCCUGUUUUUUCUUCUGCAUUCUGUUUGUUUGAUUGUCUCAUUGGUAAAGAUAAUCCCCACGAAACAAUGGAAAAAGAGAAUAAAACAAAAGAGGUAUACGAAGAAUGACUAAAUCCUUUAUUA